UUUCAGAUUCCUCAAAUUGCCAAAUUUUUUGUAAUAAAAUCAUUUAAUUUAUAUGAUAUUCAACAAGCAUUUUUAAAUAAAGUUUGGUCUUCAACAGAACUAGGAAAUAAACGAUUAAAUCAAACAUUUAAUCUCAAUUACCCAGUUUAUUUAUUUUUCUCAGUUAAUGGAUCAGGAAAAUUCUGUGGAAUUGCUCAAAUGUUAUCCAAUGUGGUUUAUGAUUCAAAGGAUGCUAAUAAUGAAGAUAUUUGGUUUGAAUCUGAUAAAUAUAAGGGAUUUUUCAAAAUUAAUUUCAUUUUUAUUAAAGAUUUAAAUUUCAAAUAUUUCAAAAAUUUAAAAUUAAUUAACAAUUUUAAUAAAAGUGUUACAAAUUCAAGAGAUACUCAAGAAUUACCAUAUGAAAUUGGAUAUAAAAUGGUCGAAGCUUUCAAGUUCACAAAUUCUAACUCAAGUUUUUUACAAACAUUAAUGAAAUAG